AAUUGCCUGCUCCCCCCCUCCGUCCCAAUUCUACGAUCACCGGGCGUGAAGAUGGCAUAUAAUAAUGAGAUGUUAAAUCAUGUGUUGCCAGAACUAUAAUCUAGACAAAAACAAACUAGGUAAAACAUGGGUGCUUUUGCAUCUUAUCAUCACUCUGAUGUCACAGCUGAAAUAAAACGCUUAGGAGAAUUUGUACAUUUAACAUCUAAGGCAGCUGAUGUAAGGAAUAGAUACACACCAGCUAAACUCAAUGAACAUACAUCAUUUAUUGAAGACAAUAUGCAAACUCUAGUAGGAAAGGUUGGUGAAUAUGACUCAAUGUUAAGUUCCAAAGGGCUUCUCAGACGUGGUAGCUCAUAUAGUGGAACUAAGAUACUUUGGCCAGAUGAAUAUGAUUACAUGCCAAUACUGGCAAACUUUAACACAAACACAGUGGACAUGGAGGAUGUGCAAAGUAUAUGUAGUGAUUUUCGUUAUAGAAAUCUCAGAGAAGAGGGAUUUGGUUACAUCAAAGUGAAACCUGGAGCUCUAUCAAUGCAUAAUAUGGAAAAAUACACUAGAAAUAAUGAGAAAGGGAAAUAUCUAUGUAGUGAGAAACUUGAAGAUGAACUGAGAAAACUAAUUAUACAAUCCCUGCAGCAUAUGGAUACAUUGACAUAUAUAGGAGAAUUAGACCAUGAGUUGAACACUGAUGCUCAAUACGAGAGAGGAGAGAUAAGUAUCCAUGAGAGGAUGCAUGGUCCCAGCUUCUGGCUGAGGGUUGGUGGGCCCCUGUGUACUACUGAUAUAGACCUCUGUUUCUCUAUAGAGGGGAACCCAACUAAGCAACUGGGGCCCUGUCUAAUGGUAAAUGGUAAUAUUAGUGAACGCAAGUGCAAGUGUGGCUAUUCCAACUCACAACACUGGAUGAAGUCUGUCAUAAAUCCUCCUGUUAACACAAAAUAUAUUUUGUCUGAAUCUCACAAGGAACUCUUCCUAACUCUUAAGUACAUUUGUCAUCUCGUUUCAGAAAUGUCACUUUGGACACAUCCUGACAUACUCUCCAGCUAUACUGUAAACAUGGUGUUGUUAACACAUCAGCAGACCUGUAAGGCAGUAAAUGUGGGAGAAUGCUUUGAGGAUAUUGUCAGAAGGAUCCUGAAUAAGACUAAUAAUGAUAUUAUCAAUCUACACAUAUACAAUUACUCACCAAACUACACAUAUGAUGUAUUCUUUCCUAAGAGAAUGCUAGCUCCCCACAAACAUCACAGUCGUGCAGCAAUUGCAUGGUUCAUGCUGCAAGUUAUUCACACUGAAGAUGAUGAAUGGAUACACAAACUACUCAGACUCACCAAGGAGCCUCACACACCUGAAUGGUGGGACACACAACUGAGUAAGAAUGACAGUGAUAGUAGACAGUUGAGAGAUUUAAUGAAGGUAAUCAAGAUGUGUGACAGUUGGAAGGAAGACAGUCCAUUCAGAUUAGAAUGGCACCGCAGAGAUGGCAGUGUAAAGGCCUCAUUAACCAUAAAGUAUGAUAAGUAGUUGUACUAAUUGUGAUUAGAGAAUUGAAACAAUAUAACAAUUCACCCAUACAUAGAUGUCACUGUGUUCUUCACAUUUAUCAAACAUCUCCCUUUUAAUCCAGCACUGAUCAUAUGAUCACUUCAAAGUGAUAGAAUACUAUUGUAAAUAUAUAAAAGUGAAUAAAAUUUUUGUACUAUACAGCAGAAUAUUUAAAAUCAGACUGGAACAAAUACC